AUGGCGCCACCAGUCACAGGGACGCUAUCAGCGGUCGUUCGCUUGCGCCCGGAGACAACUUUGAUGCCAUCCAAUGCUGCCGCAUCGCCGCCCGUGCAUCGCGACGGGAACGGACUCGCGCUCGGCCGCUGGGAGGUGUCGCUAACGAGCUACGAUGGCUUUGCGUUCUACAUGGCCGCCUUGUGCACUUGUGUUCCGCUCGCCCAGAUAAAUGCACGCAUCGGCUUGCAUCGGUACUGGCACGUGAUCGCUCUCUACGGCACGCUGCACGUUGCGUCGUGGGUCCUUGGGUACUAUUGGUUUUUGGACAGUAUCUGGCCCAACGUGUGCGGGCGCGGCCUCUUCGAUGCACUCUCUACGCCAUGGACGUUUGGCGUCGGGACGUCCAAGUCGAUUGCGUGGUAUGCCACUCUUUUGCUCGCAAUUGCCUAUCGCAUACAUCUGCGGUGGCGAUUGCGUCGACUCUUUGCGAUUCCUGGGCACCUCUACCAAGACGCGAUUGCGACGGCAUUGUGUAGUUGCUGCGUCAUCUCGCAAAUGGCCCAGCACACGACUGCGUACACGCCUGGCGAGCUAAUCUCGAUCAUGCCCAAGGACACGUUACCCGGCUAUGAGGUCUUGUAG